AUGUACGCAACACUCAACAGUCGAGCGGACACCGCUUGCGAACGUGUUUUUAUUCCUGAGCCUGACUAUCUUCGGAAACUUGCCUCUCAAAAAAAGGCUCUUUUCUCGUUUGAAACGCAGACCCCUUUGAACCAAUUUGACAUCCUCGGGUUUUCAGUCUCCUUCGAAUCAGAUUAUGUGAACAUUCCUCGCACGUUAGAGUUGGCGAACAUACCGCCGCUUGCUGAAGCGCGAACGGAAUGGGAUCCGCUCGUCAUUGCCGGUGGCAUUAAUAUCUCCUACAACCCAGAACCGAUUGCCGAUUUUGUCGAUGUUUUUGUCGUCGGUGAAGCCGAACUUGUUAUCCACCAACUCAUGGCGCAUUUCAACGAGUGGAAAAGAUCCGGUGUACCGAAGAGCGAAUUGCUUGAAAUUCUCGCAACUGUUCCAGGGCUUUACGUGCCACAUUUUUACGACGUAACCUAUCGCGAUGAUGGUACGAUUGAUGCCGUUUCCCCAAAACCCGGUAUAUCACCUAAGAUUCGUGCAGUAGCUGUCCCAAAACUUGAUGAUGUCGAAACCUGCACGCACAUCCACACACCCAAUACCGAAUUCUCAAAUGCACACCUCAUUGAAAUUGUACGUGGGUGUGGCAGGCAGUGCCGUUUCUGUGUCGCAGAUUAUGCCCGUCGAUGGCCGAGACAUCGCUCUGUAGAGAGCACACUCGCGCUUGCGGAACGCGCACGCGGCAUUACAGAUAGAAUCGGACUCGUCGGAGCCUCCAUCUCUGACCACCCACAAAUCGAUGAGAUCGCUACAGGUCUCGUCGAACGUGGAUUUCGAAUCUCCUGUGCCUCACUCCGCGCUGAAACUGUUCGUACACCGCUGCUCGACGCACUCGCAGACAGCGAACAAGGGACCAUCACUAUCGCCCCAGAAGUUGCGUCUGAAGCACUCCAAAAGGUUGUCAAUAAAGCUAUUCCACGUGAACGCCUCUAUCAUGUAUUUGAGGAAGCAUUGAAACGUGAUAUUCUCAACCUUCGCCUAUACUUCCUCAUCGGUGUCCCACAUGAAACACCAGCGGAUGUAGAAGCCAUAGUUGAUAUGGCAAAGGAGAUGCGCACCAUCGUUCUCCCCCAUGCAAAACGAACAGGGAGAAUAGCCCGUAUCAGUUUUACGAUUUCACCUAUGGUGCCUAAACCACAUACGCCUUUCCAGUGGGUAGCGAUGGAACCCCCCAAAACCAUCGCCCGAAAACUCGAUUUUCUGAAACGCGAAAUUAACCAACUUGGUAGCAUAAAAGUCGGUUCUGCCAGUGCCAGACUCGCACAUCAAGAAGCUGCCUUCGCUCGCGGCGACCGGCGGCUUGGAAAAGUCAUCCUUGAGCUUGCACACGGCGUGUCAUGGAACCAAGCGUUCCGUAAACACGAUUUAGCUCCAGAUUUUUAUGCCAUACGCCAACGUCCACUGCAUGAGGUCAACCCGUGGGACCAUCUUGACCUUAACGUUAAACCCCAAUUCCUACAACUUGAGUUCAACAAGCACGAAAAAGGUUUUACAACCAGGUUAGAUGACAAAUCCCUCGUUUUAUACCUCUCCUUUGAUGAAGGAAAGGGAGGGAAGGCCGCAGACGGCUCCGUACAUGGUCAUGAUGGUGAAUUUGUCCAAAAUCCCACAUGGGUAGAUGGGCAGUUCGGCAAAGCAUUGGAGUUUGAUGGGACCAAGGGAGACCAUGUUGUUAUCUACAAUGAUGGGAAAGAAGCCGGUGGUGGUGCUAAACCGCCAGUUGUUGAUGAGAUUGAUGGCUCCGUUAUGGUUGGGGCACGUCACCCCGGCGAAGAAUUUUUCACCGGUAUCAUUGACGAGGUAUUUCUCUUUAAUCGAAUCAUCACUGAGGCGGAAAUCGGUGAAAUUAUGAAUGGCGACUUUCUGCCAGUAGAACCCGCAGACAAACUCGCGACGACGUGGGGCAGCAUUAAAGCCGAUCGCGAUUUUUAA